GCCACGUAGUAGCAGUAGAGUAGUCUGUGGCAAUGCAGAGGAUUGUGUGUACGAAUAACUCAGCAGGGAUGGACCCGUGUUUUGUUAAAGAAAAUAGUGUAGCCAUUCGUACCCAGCCCACGCCUAGCAGACUUCUUGCGGAGCGGGUACAGUAGGUCGUGUUUGUUACGAAGGGAGCAUGGGUUGAUAUGACACGAGCAAGAGUAAUAAGAUAUUUUCACACACAUCUCAUCUCAGCACAUUAUAGAAAAAGAAAGUGACUUUUAAGCGACAGACGUACUGAGCAUGAAGAUAAUCUCAUGUGAAUCAUAGGAACAGUGUGAUUACCUAUUUCUACAUAAAGAACGCUGGCCUUAAAUUACCAACUUAAUAUGCCAGAAAUAAAGAUUACACCAUUGGGUGCUGGACAGGAUGUUGGAAGGAGUUGCAUUUUAUUGUCAAUGGGUGGUAAGAAUAUAAUGCUUGACUGUGGCAUGCAUAUGGGAUUUAAUGAUGAGCGGAGGUUUCCAGACUUCACUUACAUAGCUCCAGAUGGACCUUUGACAAGUUACAUUGACUGUGUAAUAAUUUCUCAUUUUCAUUUGGAUCACUGUGGUGCUUUGCCGUAUUUCACUGAAAUGGUUGGUUAUACAGGUCCAAUCUACAUGACACAUCCAACAAAAGCCAUUGCUCCUAUUCUCUUGGAAGAUAUGCGUAAAGUAGCUGUUGAGCGAAAAGGGGAGAGUAAUUUCUUCACAUCGCAGAACAUUAAGGACUGCAUGAAGAAAGUAGUGGCUGUAACUUUACAUCAAUCAGUAAUGGUGGAUGGGCAUUUGGAGAUAAAGGCUUAUUAUGCAGGCCAUGUGUUAGGAGCUGCUAUGUUUUGGAUACGUGUUGGUUCUCAGUCAGUUGUAUACACAGGGGACUACAACAUGACACCAGAUCGCCAUCUUGGAGCUGCUUGGAUUGACAAGUGCCGCCCAGACCUCCUUAUAAGUGAAUCUACAUAUGCAACCACAAUCAGAGAUUCCAAACGUUGUAGAGAACGUGAUUUCCUGAAGAAAAUACAUGAAUGUGUGGAUCGUGGUGGCAAAGUUUUGAUUCCUGUGUUUGCCCUUGGAAGAGCACAAGAAUUGUGCAUCCUACUUGAAACAUAUUGGGAGCGAAUGAACCUGAAAGUACCUGUUUAUUUUGCUGUUGGUCUUACUGAAAAAGCGAAUAACUAUUACAAAAUGUUUAUUACAUGGACAAAUCAGAAAAUACGUAAAACAUUUGUCCAGAGAAAUAUGUUUGAUUUCAAGCAUAUUAAACCAUUUGACAAAGCCUACAUUGAUAACCCAGGGGCUAUGGUUGUAUUUGCCACACCAGGCAUGCUUCAUGCUGGCUUGUCACUACAGAUUUUCAAGAAGUGGGCACCCAAUGAAAACAACAUGGUGAUAAUGCCUGGUUUCUGUGUUGUUGGUACUGUUGGCCACAAAGUCCUUAAUGGUGCAAAAAAAAUAGAAUUUGAAAAUAGACAAACAGUAGAAGUGAAGAUGUCAGUACAGUACAUGUCAUUUUCAGCACAUGCUGAUGCCAAAGGAAUCAUGCAGCUGAUUCAGUAUUGUCAGCCCAAGAAUGUUAUGCUUGUUCAUGGAGAAGCUGCAAAGAUGGAGUUUCUGAAAGAGAAGAUCAAGAAAGAGUUUGAUUUAGAAUGUUAUAUGCCAGCCAAUGGUGAAACAUGUGUUGUGAGCACAUCUAUGACAAUCCCACUGGACGUUUCACUGAAACUUCUGAAGACUGAAGCCCAGAAACAUAAUUCACUACCUCCUGAUCCCAAGCGACCACGUGUGAUGCAUGGUGUAUUAGUUAUGAAAGAUAGUUCAAUGUGUUUAAUGGAUGUUGAUGAUGCUUGCAAAGAAGCUGGAAUCAACAGGCAUCUUGUUAGGUUUACGUCAACAUUAAGAAUGGAAGACCCUGGACCAGCAAGUAAAACUGCUGAGAAGUUACUGCAUCUUAUUAAGACCAGACUUAAAGAUUGGCAUGUUCAACUUACAGAAGGAUCAAUUUCAGUGGAAUCUGUAUUAGUGAAAGUUGAAGGCAGUGAGGAGGAACAGAAGAAUGUGUAUGUGUCUUGGGACAAUCAAGAUGAAGAACUUGGUAGUUAUAUACUGGGUCUACUGAAAACUAUGGGACAUUAAAAUUUUAUUAGAAUGUGUUUAUGAUUAUUGAGUUUGUAAUUCCUUCCAUCAAUAAUAAUAGUGAAUUGGGUAAUUCAUCUAUGCUGGAUAUUUCCCCCCAAAAUAAAAUAAAGAUAUCUUGUGCCAGUUUCCUA